AUUUGCACUGGAGCCAGCAGGCCAAUCGUAUCUAUCAUUCCCCACCUAUUUUUCCUCCUCCUGGUAGUCAUUGUCGUAAGUUUCGAUGUCCGCUCCAUAAUCGGAGAAAGACGAUAACUGUCUUGUUGCCGUCAUCAUCCUCGCUCUCUAAGAAUUAAAAUCGAUUCUUUUCCAUUCCCAAUUUAUUAAUUUUAUGAAUCAGAAAAUUCUGUUCAGAUUUUCCCUUCUCUCUGUUGUUGUCACGUUGAUGUUUUUUCUGGGCUUUACUUAUCAUUUUCCCUGAUUAUUUGUCUUUCCCAUUCUUAUUCUGAUUGAUGACCUUGUAGCAGAGAUGAGAGCUCUUUCGAGCUUUGUAAUGGUGCUAGAGGAUGGUUUUGAUGUUCUUCUGCUGUAAAUUUUGAAAUCCCCUUUUCUUUUCGUCAUUUCUUGUUGGACCCAUUAUUAGGACAUUUUUUUUAUUCUUUUGCAGCCUCUCUUCACCUAAUCCAAAUCCUAUGUAUUCAAUUAUUCAUUAAGGUCUACAUAUUCAUGCCUUCAGAUCGGUAGAAUUUUUCUCAUUUGACAAGGUCCUUCAGAGACGAUUUUGUUUUUGUCUCAAUCCCUAAACCACCCUCUCUUUCUCUCUCUCUGCCCUUCAUUUUUUUCUUGAUUUAUCAUUGUAUCGCUCGAGAAAAUGUAUGGAACUCAAAGCAAAAUAGACCUUGCCCUGGAAUACCAAUCCCAAAUACCAAUUCUGAGGCCUAGCAUCCAUUCCAGAAGGGCAAAUCUCACAGUAAAAUUUCAAGACCUUUAUGGGUUCACUGUUGAAGGAAAUGUGGAUGAUGUUAAUGUGUUAAACGAGGUUAGAGAGAAGGUGAGAGAAAGGAAUCGGGUAUGGUGGGCGUUGGAAGCUAGCAAAGGUGCAAAUUGGUAUUUGCAUUGUACUAUUGGCCAAGGGGGCACCAGCAGUGCCCUUAAGUCUUCCUUGAAACUCUCUGUACUAACAAAUGCCAUCACUCUGAAGAAGUUAAUUAGGCAAGGAAUCCCUCCGGUUCUUCGGCCUAAGGUUUGGUUCUCUUUGUCAGGGGCGGCUAAGAAGAAGUCUACGGUUCCUGAGAGCUAUUAUGAUGAUCUAACAAAGGCCACAGAGGGCAAGGUCACUGCAGCCACUCGACAGAUAGAUCAAGACCUACCACGAACCUUCCCUGGUCACCCAUGGUUGGACACACCAGAUGGGCAUGCUGCUCUUAGGCGAGUUCUUGUUGGCUACUCUUUCCGUGAUUCUGAUGUUGGGUAUUGUCAGGGGUUAAAUUAUGUUGCAGCAUUGUUGUUGCUUGUCAUGAAGACUGAGGAAGAAGCGUUCUGGAUGCUAGCAGUCCUGUUGGAAAAUGUCUUGGUGAAUGAUUGUUACACAAACAACUUAUCAGGAUGCCAUGUUGAACAAAGAGUGUUCAAAGACUUACUUGCUAAGAAAUGCCCGAGGAUAGCUAGUCAUCUGGAAUCUAUGGACUUUGAUGUCUCCCUUGUUGCCACCGAGUGGUUCCUUUGCCUCUUUUCAAAGAGCUUGCCAUCAGAGACAACUCUGCGAGUUUGGGAUGUUCUUUUCUAUGAGGGAGCCAAAGUGAUAUUUAAUGUGGCUUUGGCAAUAUUUAAGAUGAAGGAAAAUGAGUUGCUUCUAACCCGCCAUGUAGGCGAAGUAAUCAACGUUCUGCAGAGGACCACUCAUCACCUAUUUGAUCCCGAUGAUUUGCUAACUGUGGCAUUUGAGAAGAUAGGUUCAAUGACAAGCAACACAAUAUCAAAGGAAAGAAAAAAGCAGGAACCUGAAGUGAUGAAGGAACUUGAUGAGAGGUUCAGACGCUUGAAUUCCCUUAAAAGUUGAUGCCACAUAACAUUCAUUGAAUCAAUCGUUUACUCUUUAAAAAAAAAAAAGGUUCAGAACAAAUCAUCCAACCUUUCUAGUAGGCUAUCUCCGCUGCCUCAGCAGAAUGUGCUUAGGGCCUUUUUUUUCUUUCUCUUUCUUUCUUUUCUUGUCAAUUUUUUUUUUUUAUAAAAACAAGAUGUUGUACUCUGGAGGUGAUUAGUGUAAAAAUUUGCAGCGGGUACAUCUAAAACUCCUGAAUUAUAAUGCAAUUCAAAUGAGGGCAUUGUGAAAUUUCACUGCCUUGUUUUUGAUUUGUUAA